AUGGUGUCGAGCGUGACUGCCUCCGAUGACUCCCCUCACCUCAACGGCGACGAGCGCGGUCAAAAGCGCAAGGCCGACGGCGAUGCGGCCAGCGACAAGCAGACUCAUACUCGAUCCAAGAGGAACCGAUAUAUAUCAAUCGCCUGCAAUGAAUGCAAGAGGCGAAAAAUCAAGUGCAAUGGCCAGACGCCCUGUCAGCGAUGUGGGAACCUCUCUCUCGAGUGCGUGUACGCACCAAACUGCUGCACGAAUUCCUUGAAGGACUCUGCCGAGUUCAAACAGAUGCGCGAUCACAUCACUGCCCUGCAAGAUCAAGUCAACGACCUCUACACGAGCCUGAACGAGUUACGCAGCCGGUCUGAGGUGAAUUACCCUGGCCCUAUUGAUCCUCAAUUCGCUCAGGAUGCCUCUGGCCGCUCUCUGUCCGUUUCCAUGUCGCGCACUCUUCCGCCACUCAUCUCGCCGAAGCGCCAGUCCUCGAAGCCGUUGCCCCAGUUUCACGGCCCGACGAGCACAUUAUAUGGUCUGGACGUUGCGCGAUCGUCGCUACAGACGAUGGGAAUAACACAAAAUGCAAACGAUGACGGGCUGCUCUCGCGCGACCGUAGCCGGGCGGCUUCGCCAGUGCCUAUUCCCGCCACACCACACCCAAGUAAAGAUCCUUUGUGGCUGAUUGACCAUGCCGAGGUGAUCCGUCUGUUGCGCGUAUACGAGGAAGAGAUUGGGAUCAUGUACCCUGUCGUAGACAUCGACAGGGUCAUGAAACACGCCAAUUCCUUGUACAAGUUCAUACAAGCUUCGCUGAGGACUGGGUUUGGACAGCCAAAUUUGCCGGGCGCCGAUGCGAUUGACGAUGAGGAGACUAUUGUGCUGAAGAUGAUCCUUGCCACUACUCUCACUGUCGAGGGCCAUGGGCGAAGUGAGUUCGGGCAACGCUUUUUCGAAGCGGCGAAACCCGCGGUUGAUUUGCAGCUGGUUACCGCCCUUGACAUAAAGUCGGUCAUCUUGGUUGUCCUGACGGCUACGUAUUACUUCCAGAGAGACGAAGAGGCACAGGCGUGGCGCUUUAUCGGCAUCGCCGCGCGUAUGUGCAUCGAGAUGGGCCUGCACAGGAAAGACUCCCUCCUCAAGUCCUUCUCGGACGAAGCCGAUUAUCAGCAAACCGUUCGCAUCUUUUGGACGGUAUAUGCUCUCGAUCGACGAUGGAGCUUUGGUACUGGCAUGCCUUUCGCUCUCCAAGAUGCCGACAUCGACCCGAACCUGCCUGAACCUGAUGAGGGCCACCUCUAUCUCAAACACAUCACCAAGUACAACCAGAUUGCGACCAAAGUCUGGUACCACAAUUUGGCAUAUGAAGCAGGCCAGAACACCAAAAAGGAUGAGAUCGGCUUCUUGGACUACCAGAUCCUGCAGUGGUAUCAACAGUUACCUGAAUCGUUGCAAUUUAACAGCCGAGAUCUUGUCGCGGAGAACGGGAUACCCGGACGCGGUGUACGACGGCUUCGAUUGCUGAUGUAUUUGCGGAAGAAUCAAGCACGCAUAUCCAUCUACCGACCCAUCCUGCAUUCAGCAACUAGCAUCAUGGAGAACCGACAUUAUGCCCAAAACGUAGUCGAUGUUGCAAAAGACACGAUCAACACACUGAAUGGAGUCAACCAGAUAUCUGACAUCUACAAGACACAACAGGUCAUGUACAAUUAUUUCCUGGUUCAAGCCCUGGCAGUGCUAUUCCUGUCUGUCGCUCAUGCUCCGGCGGUCUUCUGCCCGCAAACCCGGGGCGAGUUCUAUGCAGCGAUCGAGAUGGUCAAGGGGUUUAGCACCAAGUCUCAUGUCUCUAAACGGUUGUGGAGGACUGUUCGCGGCUUGAAAGAGAUGGGCGACAAGAUUGGUCUUUUGGCACGAAAUAACCCACCAAUGGGUGAGACUGAGCAAGACGCGCAUUCAGAUGCUGCUGUCGCCAUGGCUGGGUUGGCUGGGCACAAGGUCGAUUACCCGGCGUUUGGAAAUCACCAUCCGGGCCAAAAUGGCAACGAACUCGGCGUUAGUCCUGAUGAUGCCCUGCAAAUCACGAAUGAAUUGUCGAGUCUAUUUGAACUUGCAGGCGGGUAUGGUGGGACAACACCUGGACCGGAUUCGUUCAAUUUUGUGGGCAGUAAUGGCGAAAUGAAUAUUGGUGAAGGAUUCAAUGUCUUUGGAAACGAGCCUGAGUUGACGAGAAUCAUGAACGAGUUGUUUUAGAUUUGGAGGGCUCGAUGGAAUUCGAUGAGGUAUGAAAAUAUGUAUGCGUCAAUGUUCAAGGAUUACGUGCUUUAGG